AUGAGCACGGCCCUCGACCUCGACCCGCGACAAGCUCCGCCUCCUCUCACCUUUGCCCUCCCGGGCCUUCAAGGGCUCGGCUUCGGCUUCCUCCUCCUCGUCCUCGCCCUCCUCCUCCAGCCCGCCAUCCCCGCACCCAUCUCGCGCCACCUCCGCCUCGCCCUCUUCCUCCCCGUCGCCGCCCUCGCCUGCGUCACCCCGCUGUGGUGGCGCUUCGAGCCGUUCGACCUCGCCAUCCCGGCCAACUUUCGUUGGGCCAUCUUCGCCCCGUACGGCGUCCUCAAGGCCGUCCAGUGGGGGCUCUUGAGCGACCGCGCGCGCGCAAAGGACCUCGCCUGGGUCGGGUUCGACGGCCGCGAGGAGGAGCGCUCGAGAGACGUCGUCGUCGAGCGCGAGGAGGCCGAGAAGGGUCGCGCGCACGAGCCCGCAUCGACCACGGCGCGCUCUGAUCCCGCCGCAGAGGGCCUGCGCAAGCGCGCUCCGCCCGAGCUGUCGGCGCCGACGCCCCGCCGCCCGUCGACGGCGCUCUCGCCCGACAUCGCCCUUCCCUCUUCCUCCCCAACCGACAUCUCGCACCUCCCGACGCCCUCUCCCUCACCUCCCUUUGACGCCGUCAACCCGCCCUCGAUCGCCUCGGCGCCGCACCCGACCUCGUCCGUCUCGCCCCUCGCGCACGCGCAGCGCGACGCCCAGUCGGCCGCGCAGCAGCACGACCCGCUGCGCACCCUCGUCGACGCGACCCACCUCGUGUCGUCCCUGCGCGGCGUCGGCUACCUGUGGGGCCCGCCGCUGCGCUCCCUCGCGCGCCCGGCGCCCUCGCACGCCGCGUUCGUCCGCCGCGCCCUCGCCCAGUUCGUGCUCGCGCACGCCGUCAGCACGGCGUGCGUCGCGCUCCAGGUCCUCGACCGCGACGGCGAGCUCGCGCCCAUCCUCGCGCGCGCCGUCCCGCUCCUGUCGCCCGGCGCGGCGCAGCUCGUCUCGGCGACGGUCGCCCGGCUCGGGAUCGGCGCGAGCUUGCACGCCCAGAUGAACAUUGGCGCCGAGGGCGUCUCGCUCGGCCUGUACGCGGCGCACAGGGUGCUCAACGCCGUGCUCGACCGCGUCGGUGGCGGCAAGGCGGUCAAGUGGCGGUCGACGUUCGACGUGCGCGAGUACCCGCCGCUGUUUGACCGGCCGUUUGCCGCCAUGGGCGAGGGCGGGCUCGCUGGGUUCUGGGGCCAUCGGUGGCACGCCCUGUUCCGCGACGUGUUCACCUCGGUCGGGUACCGGCCCGUGUCGCGCCUCGCUCGUCGACUGGGCGUGCCCAAGAAGGCGGGGCAGUUUGCCGCCGUCGUCGCCGUCUUUGCCCUGAGCGCCUGGAUGCACUGGCAAGCCCUCUUCUCGGCCCGCUACGCCCUCUCGCCCUCGUCCUCCUCUCUCGCCUUUGCCGCCGCCCACCACCUCCCGCUCUCGUCCCUGUACCCGGCCCCCUACGCGUCGCUCUCGUUCGUCGAGCGCCACGGCACCUGGGUCUUCUUCCUCGCGCAACCAUUCGCCGUCUCGCUCGAGGGCGCGUGGAGCGCUUUGACGAGGAGGCGCGUCGGCGGGUGGGCCGGCAAGGUGUGGGUCGCGCUGUGGGUGGUUGGGCUCGGGCAGGCAAGCGUCGGGCGCAGCUGGCUCGCUCUCGGGCUCGUGCAUGGCCUCCCGCCCGUCCGCCUCUGGUCUCUCCACCGCUUUUGCCUCCCCGUCCUCAACCUCGCGCCGAUGCCCCUCUUCAUGCGCUCCCCUCCUUACUAG